AUACAUGUAUAUAGAUUUGUAGAAUGUCCACUGCUUACAUUGCACAUUCUGAAAACGGUGAGAUACUUUCAUCCGUUGGUUCGUUUAUUCAUUGUACUGCCCACAAAAAAAGGGCCCUGCGCCUUUAACGGCAAAUUGUACAGAAUUUUAUUUCGCGAGAUUUGCUUGGCGCCGUGACCCAUGUGAGAGACACAUCCUGCAAGAAUCAUUCUUCCCUGCAGAGAAAAAGGCUAUGGAGCGCUGAACGUUUUCACUUUUAUCUCCCUUGCCCGGUAUUUGUUGUGAUCAAAUUUCUGUAACCUUUUUGGUGGCUGUCGGGCGGUGGAACGAUGUGGAUUCAGAUUCGGACCAUAGACGGAAAGGAGACACGAACCAUUGAGGAUCUUUCAAGGCUGACCAAAAUUGAGUCUUUGAGGCUGAAAAUCCAGGAAAUCUUCCAUGUAAAUCCCGAACAACAACGGUUAUUCUAUCGGGGCAAACAGAUGGAAGAUGGCCACACACUGUAUGACUACAACGUGGGGCUGAACGACAUCGUCCAGCUGCUAAUCCGUUCUCAGGCAGGGGAUGCUCCCGACAACCCCCUCGUCCUGCCCAACGCACCCCCUGUCACCCCUAAGGAGUGUGACGCCAUGCCCAGUAGUACAGCUCUGCCCCCCACCACCCCCAACACCACGGCUGGUGCAGCUACCACCCCCUCCCCAGCCAAGCCUACCACAGUGGACCCCAAACCCAUCCCUACCCUCACCACAGUCAACAACAACAACAACACAACCACCACCAACACCAGUACAACCAGUACCAAAACCAGUAACACCAGUGAUCCCAAUAACAACAAGGCCAAGUCUUCUAGUCCACCUGCACCGCUGGAGAAGCUCGACAACCAGCCAUCAACCUCUACACAUCUCUUCCUCAUAGACCCCGGCAUUGGGGUGUUCAAGAUAAAUGAGUUGGUGGACUGCAGAGACAUAAGCAUCGGUGCCUGGUUUGAAGCCUGCAUCGACAACGUGACAUGCACCCCAAAGGGUCAGAACAGCAACAGCAAAGCUCCUACAGUGGGGAAGGUUGGCAGGCCUAGCAAAAGGACUAAUGGCAAGCUGGAGACAGAGCCGGGCCAAGGCCAAAGCCACCCCUCCUCUUCCACGGACAAUAAUAAUGGAAAUAAUUAUUCUGUGUUAAACUUGGACAGUGGGCCAGGGGCUGGGUCCUCCACCUCUCAAACAGACUCUACAGCCACAGACCAAGAGAAGGAGGACGUCACGUACCAUAUCAAAUAUGACGAUUACCCUGAGAACGGCGUGGUGGCGAUGUGUGGCGGUAACGUGAGGCCGCGGGCUCGGACUCUGCUCCGGUGGGACCAGCUCAUGGUAGGCCUGGUUGUCAUGGUGAACUACAACGUCGAUAUGCCAGAGGAGAGGGGGUUCUGGUUCGACGCUGAGAUCACUGUGCUCAAUGAGAUCUCCAGAACCAACAAGGAGGUCCGCAUCAAGAUCUUACUGGGAGGACCAGGAGACGUCAUCCCAGACUGUAAGCUGUUGUUUCUGGAUGAGAUCUAUCAGAUAGAGAAGACUGGCGCACCCUCACUGUCUGCUGCAGAUGGCCAGUUCAAACGGAAGAGCGGGCCGGAGUGUAAGCACUGCAAGGCGGACCCCGACUCUGAGUGCAGGUUCUGCUCGUGCUGUGUGUGCGGAGGGAAGCAGGACGCCCACAUGCAGCUGCUGUGUGACGAAUGUAACAUGGCCUUCCAUAUCUACUGCCUCAACCCACCGCUCUCCACUAUACCAGAUGACGAGGACUGGUACUGUCCCACCUGUAAGAAUGACACCAGCGAGGUUGUGAAGGCUGGGGAGAAGCUGAAGGCCAGUAAGAAGAAAGCCAAGAUGCCAUCAGCCCAUACAGAGAGUCAGAGAGACUGGGGCAAGGGUAUGGCCUGUGUGGGGCGCACUAAGGAAUGUACGAUCGUCCCUUCCAACCACUACGGGCCCGUACCUGGGGUUCCCGUGGGAACAACAUGGAAGUUCCGUGUUCAGGUGAGUGAAGCGGGAGUGCACAGGCCCCACGUGGGAGGUAUCCACGGCCGCAGUAAUGAUGGCUCCUAUUCGCUGGUGCUGGCCGGAGGCUUCGAGGAUGAAGUGGACAGGGGAGAUGAGUUCACCUACACGGGCAGUGGGGGUCGCGACCUUUCAGGGAACAAGCGCAUCGGGGAGCAUUCCUUUGACCAGACCCUGACCCACUAUAACAGGGCCCUGGCGCUGAACUGCGACGCCCCCAUUAAUGACAAGGACGGGGCGGAGUCCAGGAACUGGCGUGCGGGGAAGCCGGUGAGGGUGGUGCGGAGCUCCAAGGGACGACGCAUCAGCAAGUACGCCCCGGAGGAGGGCAACCGCUACGAUGGCAUCUACAAGGUGGUGAAGUACUGGCCGGAGAUAGGGAAGUGUGGUUUCCUGGUGUGGAGGUACCUGCUGCGGAGGGAUGACCUGGAGCCUGCUCCCUGGACACCUGAGGGCCUGGAGCGCAUCCAGAAACUGGGCCUGGCUGUGCAGUAUCCUCCAGGCUACGUGGAGGCCAUGGCCAACAAGACCAAGAAGGAGGCUAACGCUCGACCAGGGUCCACUAGGAGCAAGAAGCAACCUGGACGGGGCCGGCCACGGCUACACCCCCUGGAGAAGAAGGUGAAGGAGGACGAGAAGAAGCCCAUGGAGGGUACAGAAGAACAGCCACAGAGCAACGGCAGUCAGAAGACACCCAAGGACAAGGAGACAGAGGUGUGUAAGGAGUCGGCGGAGCCCCCAGCCAAGCGUCAGAAGAUGGAGGAGGCGUUCAAGCUGACAGAGCAGCAGCAGAGCCUCAUCAAGGAGGACCAACCCAACAAGAAGAACUGGGACGAGGCCAUGCAACACCUCAAGGAUGGGCCGAACUUCCUGAGGAAGGUGGAACAGACCUUCAUGUGUGUCUGCUGCCAGGAGCUGGCCUACCAACCGAUCACCACUGUCUGCGCACACAACGUCUGCAAGACCUGUUUGCAGCGGUCUUUCCGAGCAGAAGUGUACACCUGCCCUGCAUGUCGACACGACCUGGGUAAAGAUUACGUCAUGGUCCUCAACAAGACUCUACAGCUGCUGCUGGACCAGUUCUUUCCUGGCUACAGCAAGGGCCGAUGAGGCCACACACACACACACACACACUCUACAUGUACGCGGCGAAACACACACACACACAAGUAGUUACAAAAAUCACAUACCCAUGAUGAACACAUACAAAACCUACGUAUAGACUUACAUAGGUACACGCAUACACACGCCACCUGUUGAACUUGGACUGUCCCCAUUUAACUUCACCAGCCUGAAAUCAUCCAUGCCUCAGAAGACCUCCCCUGAGCACCACCCGCCCCUAACCCUGCCAUGGUUUCCCUCCCUGAGUACCACCACCCCCUAACCCCCCAAAGUGUUCCCUCCCUCCCAAGCCUUCCAUGUCCCUAGUCCGCAGAACUUAUCUGUUCAUCACAUCUAGUGAACUAGGAAGUAUUUAGUGUUGUGUGCAUUGUGUCUGUGCACUUAGCUAGCUACCAUCCAUCUACCUGUCGAUGUGAAGAACAGCCAGCGAGGAUGCUAAUGCUAACCAUAGCCAUGUAGAGAAUAUAUGGCUCUAACGCUACGUAGCCUCCAGGGGGAAGGUGCCUGAGUUCAGCACCUAUAGGGGUCAGGGGUUCGGGGUCACAACCUAGGGAAGGGGGGUGAUGGGAAAUGUAGUGUACAAUGUUAGUUUCUUUCUUUGUUAUUGGUCCAUUUGAAGUUCAGCCUGUUCCUCCCUCUCUCCUUCUCUCUGAUGAUCUCUGUUCCUUUUUUGUUUGUUUUUGUGGUGAUGUCCUUUUCAUUCAAAGAAUUCAGGAUUUUUUAAAGACAUGCAAAUGCAAAAUGUUUUAAAUGAUGCUAUGGUCUCUAAAGCAGCAAACUGUGAUGUGCAUUCAUUCCUACCGCUCAAGGCGCUAAUAUACAGAACAGAAAAUAAUUUCCUCUCUUCUGUAUCGACUCGCAAGCUAAUAGUCUCCUUCUCCUCUGUGAGCUCGUCCCCCCCUGCCCCUAGGGUUGCAAGAUUCCGGUAACUGUCCAAAAUGCCCAGGUUUUCCAGAAAUCCUGGUUGAAAGAUUCACGGAAUCAGGAGGGAGAAAGCAGGAAAUCUAGGAAUCCUUCAACUGGGAUAAUUUAGAAAACCUUUGAAAAUGUUGGGAACAUUUUGCAACCUUACCUGCCCCCCAGUCGUGUACUCUAUCUACCACUACCGUGGACUACAGUAACUGUCUAGACGUCAAGUGGACGCUUCGCUUCAGCAUUAGUGUUGUGUUCUAUGUUUUUAUUGAAGAAAAAAUAUGUUGAAAAGAAAAAAGUAAUGUCUAUAAUUUCUUAAAAUGCUACUACAACAUAUGCCAUUUUUCUAUAAUUUUUGUUGCCUAUUCAAUUUUAGUCAUUAGUUAUUAUUUUUAUGUGGCAACAUUUACCUGCUGCGGUGUCAGCCUGAUUGAAGAGUUUCAUUGCUUCAUAUUGUGAUCUGAAAUUUUAUACACGGUAUAAUAAUACUUUAUGUACCUAUUAAAUAUUUUGAUUCCAGAAAACUAA